GUGUUGAUUGGAGAAACGUUUGUUUUCUCUUUGGCUGGUUGGUGUUUGGAGUAUUUCCCCACCCUGAGAUAUGGUCAUGUGAUCUGCCAACUUUCACCCAGGAUAUCUAUCUCCAGACUUCCCCUUAGCAACCAGCCGAGUGGCGGCACUUGGUUCCCCAGCAACAAAGAGACGUGUUUGCUUGCCGAGAAUCAACCCCAUUUCCAGUGUUGGAGAAGGGAGAUACAGAUCUGUUCUUGGUGAGGAGGCUGCUUGACUGAUAGGUGUUUAAAACUCUCUGCUGCUGACCUACCCCUGGCCUCUAUUCUUCACCAACAAUGCUGUCAUCAGGGAAGAUGAACCGGAUCUAUGACUCGGUGGAGCCAAGAGUGAUAGAUGACGACAUGCUCAAGCUGGCAGUGGGGGAGCAGGGUCCACAGGAGGAGGCCGGGCAGCUGGCCAAGCAGGAAGGCAUCCUCUUCAAAGAUGUCCUGUCUCUGCAGCUGGACUUCCAGAACAUUCUCCGCAUAGACAACCUCUGGCAGUUUGAGAGCCUGCAGAAGCUGCAGCUGGACAACAACAUCAUUGAGAGGAUCGAGGGCCUGGAGAACCUCACGCAGCUGGUCUGGCUGGAUCUGUCUUUUAACAACAUCAAGGUUAUUGAGGGGCUGGACACCCUCGUGAACCUGGAGGACCUGAGUUUGUUCAACAAUCGGAUCUCUAAGAUUGACUCUCUGGAUACACUGGUCAAGCUGCAGGUGCUGUCCCUGGGCAACAACCAGAUUGAUAACAUGAUGAAUAUCAUCUACCUGCGGCAGUUCAAGUGCCUGCGCACACUCAGCCUCUCAGGGAACCCCAUUACCCAGGCAGAGGAUUACAAAAUGUUCAUCUGUGCUCACCUUCCUGAUCUCAUGUACCUGGACUUCAGACGUAUCGAUGACCACAUGAAAGAUCUGGCGGAAAUGAAAUACCAGUACACAAUCGAUGAGCUGAAGCACCGGGAGCACCUGAGGCAGGCCCAACUACAGGAGGAACAGGCUCAGAUAAUGAAACUGGAGGAAUACAAGAUGGCAUUUGUCGAAAACCUGAAUGGUUCCUUCCUGUUUGACAGCAUGUACGCUGAGGACAUGGAGGGCAACAAACUGUCCUGUCUGCCCAUUGUGGGCGAGCUCCUCGAAGUCUAUAAGGACAAAUUUGUUAUCAUCUGCCUGAAUAUUUUUGAGUAUGGCCUAAAACAGCAUGAGAAACGGAAACUAGAGCUGGAUACCUUCACUGAAUGUGUCCAGGAGGCCAUCCAGGAAAACCAGGAGCAGGGCAAACUGAGGAUCGCCAGGUUUGAAGAGAAGCACCUACUGAAUCUAAGUGCCAUUCGAGAAGAAAGUGAACUGCUAGCCAUUGAGAAGAAGAUAGUGGAGUGCAGUGAGGACAUCACGGAGCUAUUCAACGUGCUUAUGACGCUGGAGUUGCAGCUGGUAGAACAGCUGGAGGAGACCAUAAACAUGUUUGAAAGGAACAUCACUGACAUGGUGGGAUUAUUUAUUGAAAAUGUCCAGAGCCUGAUGGCUCAGUGCCGAGAACUGGAGAACCACCACCACGAGAAACUCUUGGAGAUCUCCAUUGGCACCCUUGAGAAGAUUAUCAAGGGCGAGCUAGAUGAAGAACUGCCAGAUGACGUGCGCACGUUUUUUGCAGACAAAGACACAAUUGUUAAUGCCGUUGGGGCAUCACAUGACAUGCACCUCCUGAAGAUUGAUAAUAGGGAAGAUGAGCUGGUGACCAGGAUUAACUCUUGGUGUACACAUUUAGUAGACAAGAUUCACAAGGAUGAGGUCAUGAGGAACCGUAAGCGAGUGAAGGAGAUCAAUCAAUACAUCGACCACCUGCAGAGCGAGCUGGACAACCUGGAAUGCGGUGAUAUGGAUUAGGUGCAUGUCAGCAGAUGGUCCCUUUCCAAAUGUGGCAUUAGCCCCUACAACAUUGGGGAAGUGGACACAUUCACUGGCUGCCUCAGGACAGAAUUACUGACAGUUCCUCAACCCAUGUCUUCCUAGACACCACUCUUCUACUCACCCUGGAGAAAGUUCCAAAUGUAGAGUAAAAAAAGAAAGAAAAAAUGAGAAUCUAUAUUCAUGUAUAAACAGGAGAAAGGAUGAAGAUAAACAGCAGGUCCCUGGCCAAUCUACAGGAGUGGCUCCCAAGGGGCUGGCAGUCAGCUAGAGGUGUCUGUGGCCAAAUACCAGAUGUGGGCAGGGCUGUUCACUUAGCCAUACCUAGGGCAGGCUGCAAACAUGAGCCCAAUCCUUCCUUCCUCCAGUGCUGAGGAUGCUGAAGCAGAAGAGAUUGCAGCUGCCACUACCAUGCAGAGGCCUGCCCUCCAAGGCCACCUUUGGCUUAGAGCUUGGCUGCAGGGACCUGAGUCUGCUCCAGAAUUUAAGGAGCAGAGUGGGCAUCCCAAGUGUGAGAGUAACUCCUGAAGAGGAAGACAGGGCAUGGGAAGUGUGGAAAAGCUACCUGGUAUAGUGUUAGUGCCCAAUGAGUGGGUGAUGCCAUCUUAUUACUCAGGUGAGAGAGAGUGUGGACUUCAGAAAGGCUUUGAUAGCUGGGUGCACUGGCACAUAACUGUAAGGCCAGUACUUCAGGAAGCUGAGGAGGACUAAAUUUGAGCCCCAA